AUGACUGUAGCCAAGAUGUCCGUCUACAAACAAAUGAAACUGGCAUGUUGUUUUGAUUGCGGCCGUUCAGAGCAAGACUGCUCUUGCAUGUCAGGCAGUGUACAUAGUAACAUGGACACCCUACAGAGGGCCUACCCACUCUCCUCUGUCUCUGUUCAUGAUUGCGCAACCACUUUACGUGCCUGUAAGUUACACCGCCCAACACAUGCUGUUACAUGUCUGUUCUGUGUGUGUACUAUGUGGACCAUGUACCUUUGUGCUUUAUCCGUAACGUUGUCCAUGUGGCGUGCUUCCAUAGUUGCUGUUGCGCUGUCGUGGCUUAUUUAAAUGUAUUAUUAUUAUUAUUAUUAAUUUGAGUUGUAUUUAUUAUUAUUAUUAUUAUUAUUAUUUCUGUGGGUUGUAUUGGGUGGUAGUGAUGGUGUUGGUUUGUGCCGCUGCUCUACUGUAGCUGUUAGCUCUGUGGCUAGCACCUGCCACAUCAGUCAAGCACUCGUGUGGUGACUGUUAUUAGACAGUUGGUGUUUGGUGUGUUAUAUUCUUUCUAAUGCUGUAUGUUAUCUAUAAAUAUGAUGAAGAAAAAUGUGACAGUUGAAGGGAUGAUUUAUUUCUGAAUGUAUGCAAUAUCUUGAUGAUGAUUUUUGUUGUUGCUUUGUCUUACUUUGUUUAUGAAGGUAUCACAAGCCUUUAGAGGAACCUCCUUGCUAAUUAUGUUUCUGUUCUGUUCCUGAUCAUUUUAUUUCAAGCACGCAGGACUGAUUUGUGCAGGAACGAGAGCCAUGUUCAUCAAAUGAUAUUCAUAGAUAAUGUAGAUAUGUAGCAUAUCAAAUGGGGUUUAUCUUAAAGGUACACUACUAAACAAGAUGACAUCAUCAUACACAUUGGGAAGACCUACCUACAUAAUCCCCGUCUCAGAAUUUUGGGCAACCAAUUGCAGCGCUCCGGUGGAUAGUAACUGUCGAUAAGCAAGCUUGGGUCCAACGCAUGGACAGGCUCUCAUUUCAAAUGCAUGGAAGCCAAUGAGGGCAAUGGCAAAAGCGGAGAGUUUUCAUUAAAAAAAAAAAGUUGCUUAAAUGGCUAAAUAAUUGAACAGUACACAAGGGGUACUUACGAAUGAUUCCUAAAAUACAGUGCCUGUUGAUGGAGUAUUUUCAAGAAAGUAUAUUUUUGUUGGUUAGCUAGCUAGCUCUCAUUGACCUUGCUAACGCUAGGUAACUAGCUAGCCAGUUAAUGUAACUUAUAUUCUCCAAAUGUAUGUUAACUAGCUUAUGAAUAUAACUCACAUCUGCUGUCGACAUCAGGAUACAAUUUGAGUACUGGUUAUCUCCAAAAGUGGUUAGUAGCUUUGACUGCAUGCUGACGGUGCAUUCAGAGGCAUCCAGUGGCUAGCCACAGUACAAACUUCAUUUUACCAGGUUCCCGUGAAGCAAUUUUAAUGACAGUCCACCACAACAUGCCAGAGAGUUUUCUGAUUAGCAAUGGGUAGGCAGUCUGUGUUUAAUUUGUGUAUUAAAAACACAGUUUGAGAUCAUUGUGAGGGGUUUCUCCAUUGGUGUCAAUGGGGAAUUGGACUUCCCGGGAAAUCAGGGGGGUGGGGCUUAGCGAGGGGGAUUUAUUGGCUCUUCACAAUAUCACACCCUCCUUUGUGGCCACGCCCUGUUGUGUAUGAUGAUGUCAUUUUGCUGUCUGUACCUUUUAAAGUUUCUCAGUGUUUACAUCCUCAUUGCCAGACUUCCACCACGUUUCUCUUCAAGGUUCUCACCGUGGCUUAUUACAUGAUUAUAUGUGAUUAUAUGACUCUUGUCUGUCAGAGUAUUGUGGUCUGUAGUUGUUGACAGUUGAUUGUGUAUCUCUCUUCUUCAUUAUUAUAGGAAAGUGGUUCAUUUUCCAAUGAGAAAACAAUGAAUAUGUGUUGAGUUCUUUUUAUACCCAGUCCUUUGGAAAUACUUUUCCAGUUACCUUCCGAUCGUGAGCCUCAGCCGUGAUACUCAUCCAGCCAACAGAUAUGGAUUGACUUGUAAAGAAGGAGCGAGCUACUCCACACGUUUAAGAGAAAGAACUCCCGCUCUCUUUUCCCAGGCUUGAUCUUUGUUCCAUCAGAUUACUUUCUCCUCUUCCUCAGUAAUCAGGAACCCAGGAGAACGUUCCGUUUCCUUAAAGGGAUAGGUCACUUUUUUAAGUUGUAGCUUAUUUUCAAUUUACCGAGGGUGUUUCAUCCAAACCAUUUUUACAUUCGUUUGCUGGUUAUUUAGCAACAUCCAGGUUGCUAGUGGAAACAGAUUUAACCAGUGAGCGGUGCAUUCAAAAGUGUGGGAUCUUAGCCCUCUGUUGCUCCUCUAGCCCCAUCUGAUUUCCUCCUCAGCAUUCUCCCACCAUCUGUGAGUGAGCUUAGACUAGAUUAGUGUCAACCGGCUGAUGUUGAGUUUGGUUUUUCCUCUUGUAGGUUGGUGGGCCGCUACUCUCCCUCUGCACCUACAGUAUAGCUGGCCAUUAGGGAAGUUACUGAUCUCUCUCCUCCCUCAGCCCUUCCUAGGAUUUCAGGGAAUCCUCCCGUCUUGGAUUUCUUCUUGUUCUCUUUAUAGGGGAAAUCUGCACUUGCUUCAUCCAUUUUUGGACUUAUAAAUUAAUUAUAUGAACCCAUUGAUUCUUGAAGAAUAUAACUUACCUCAUGAGCUUAGUUCAACUGUCGUACCCCCCUUCAGCUCUGUCUAUGAAUUUGAAAGUGGUUACAUUUCUCCAGCCCCUUCCCUCAGCUUCUUACCAAAAAGGGCGAAAACACUAUUGUUUCAACUGCGGAUUUCCCCGUUUAACUCUGGAGAGAGAGAGAGAGAAUAGGGUCAUUUAGAAUGUCUGUUAGGGAUCACUAUCGUUGGAUUUCCUCUCUUUCUUUUUUCUGUCUUUCAGAGUGGAUAGGAUGUCUCUGACCACGACUUCAUUCACAUCUGAAAUGGAUUUUCCUCUCUGGAUAACUGGUUUAUUUUUUAAUAGUGUUUUCUUAUUUAUUUACUGUAUCUGCGAGGCGCUUCACGUCGUAUGUUAUUAAACAUUUUGAUCACACGUUAUGCAGAGUUGUUUGCCAAUUGAAAUAUACAUGGACGGGCUAAUAGUAGACAUGUGAAACUCAUAGCUGUGUCUAAAACGAAAGUGGUUGCGCUUCUACCUAAGUAAGAGCAGUGAUUCAGCUAGAAGGUGAACCUUGUGGAGGUCAUCUUUGGGACACACUGUUGUUGGUCUCUCAGGGCCCUCUGUUUGUCCCAGCUUACACCUUUUCUGGGGGCCAUCUGGGGUUCGGGCCUGGAGGCUGGGCCUGCUGGGCUGGGGCUGGGGCAGGGUUUAGGGUCAGAAGAAGGGGUUUGGGUCUGGAGGCUGGGCCUGCUGGGGCAGGGUUUAGGGUCAGGAGAAGGGGUUUGGGUCUGGAGGCUGGGCCUGCUGGGGCAGGGUUUAGGGUCAGUAGAAGGGGUUCGGGUCUGGAGGCUGGUCUGUGUGCUGUGAGCAAGUCUCGGUCUUACUUACAGAGAUAGGGAGGUAUGUGUGUGUGUGUGUGUGUGUGUGUGUGUGUGUGUGUGUGUGUGUGUGUGUGUGUGUGUCAGCGGCAGGCGUUCCUUAUCCAGCCUGACAUGGAAAUUAUGUUUGCAUUUUCAUUUCCCUGGCCCUGCUGGUCCAUCACCGAAACGUGCCCUGACAGCUCCUGUCCACCAGGCAAGCUUGGUUCCCCCUCUCCCCUCCGCACUCCUCCGUCGCGCUACCCCUCAGACGCUAGCCGGUUAGCCUGCCGCCUCUGCGGACACGGGCAAAUCGAUAGCGACAGAUGCCAGGGCCAGCGAGGGUCCUUGUUUGAGGGUGUGUGUCACAGGGCAGCCCUGGGCCUUCACUGUGACCUUUACUGUUGAAGACAGAACAGAGCAGAGCAGGGAAGGCUAAUCUAGCUAGCUAGCUCACUGUCUGACUCCAUCCCAAAUAGCACUCUAUUCCCUAUAUAAUAGCACCCUAUUCCUUAUAUAUUGCAGAUUACUUUUGGCCAGAGCCCUCCCUUGUAUCCUUCAUACAAAUCACUAUAUCCACUGCUUUAUCUCAGAUGUAUUCCUCUUUGAACUGUGAAAUACCCGACUCAAACGACUGACUCAGAAUGACUCAGUGGCCGUACGCAGCCACAUCCCGAGUCCCUGGUGCCCACACAUUCAGAAAUCAAAAGAUGGUUUAGUAUUUAGUGUAAAAGCUCUGACAAAGGCUAAGAGAACACAAAACACUUUUCAAUGAGGAAACAGAAAUCCACUUAAAAAUAUGUACAGUUGAAGUCGGAAGUUUACAUACACUUAGGUUGGAGUCAUUAAAACUUGUUUUUCAACCACUCCAUACAUUUCUUGUUAACAAACUAUAGUUUUGGCAAGUCGGUUAGGACAUCUACUUUGUGCAUGACACAAGUAAUUUUUCCAACAAUUGUUUACAGACAGAUUAUUUCACUGUAUCACAAUUCCAGUGGGUCAGAAGUUUACGUACACUAAGUUGACUGUGCCUUUUAAACAGCUUGGAAAAUUCCAGAAAAUGAUGUCAUGGCUUUAGAAGCUUCUGAUAGGCUAAUUGACAUAAUUUGAGUCAAUUGGAGGUGUACCUGUGGAUGUAUUUCAAGGCCUACCUUCAAACCCAGUGCCUCUUUGCUUGACAUCAUGGGAAAAUCAAAAGAAAUCAGCCAAGACCUCAGAAAAACAAUUGUAGACCUCCACAAGUCUGGUUCAACCUUGGGAGCAAUUUCCAAAUGACUGAAGGUACCACGUUCAUCUGUACAUCUGUACAAACAAUAGUAUGCAAGUAUAAACACCAUGGGACCACGCAGCCGUCAUACCACUCAGGAAGGAGACGUGUUCUGUCUCCUAGAGAUGAACGUACUUUGGUGCGUAACGUGCAAAUAAAUCCCAGAACAACAGCAAAGGACCUUGUGAAGAUGCUGGAGGAAACAGGUACAAAAGUAUCUAUAUCCACAGUAAAACGAGUCCUAUAUCAACAUAACCUGAAAGGCCGCUCAGCAAGGAAGAAGCCACUGCUCCAAAACCGCCAUAAAAAAGACAGACUACGGUUUGCAACUGCACAUGGGGACAAAGAUCGUACAUUUUGGAGAAAUGUCCUCUGGUCUGAUGAAACACAAAUAUAACUGUUUGGCCAUAAUGACCAUCGUUAUGUUUGGAGGAAAAAGGGGGUUCUUGCAAGCCGAAGAACACCAUCCCAACCGUGAAGCACGGGGGUGGCAGCAUCAUGCUGUGGGGGUGCUUUGCUGCAGGAUGGACUGGUGCACUUCACAAAAUAGAUGGCAUCAAAAUUACGUGGAUAUAUUGAAGCAACAUCUCAAGACAUCAGUCAGAAAGUUAAAGCUUGGUCGCAAAUGGUCUUCCAAAUGGACAAUGACCCCAAGCAUACUUCCAAAGUUGUUGCAAAAUGGCUUAAGGACAACAAGGUCAAGGUAUUGGAGUAGCCAUCACAAAGCCCUGACCUCAAUCCUAUAGAAAAUUUGUGGGCAGAACUGAAAAGCGUGUACGAGCAAGGAGGCCUACAAACCUGACUCAGUUACACCAGCUCUGUCAGGAGGAAUGGGCCAAAAUUCACCCAACUUAUUGUGGGAAGCUUGUGGAAGGCUACCCAAAACAUUUGACCUAAGUUAAACAAUUUAAAGGCAAUGCUACCAAAUACUAAUUGAGUGUAUAUAAACUUCUGACCCACUGGGAAUGUGAUGAAAUAAAUAAAAGCUGAAAUAAAUCAUUCUCUCUACUAUUAUUCUGACAUUUCACAUUCUUAAAAUAAAGUGAUGAUCCUAACUGACCUAAGACAGGGAAUUUUUACAAGGAUUAAAUGUCAGGAAUUGUGAAAAACUGAGUUUAAAUGUAUUUGGCUAAGGUGUAUGUAAACUUCCGACUUCAACUGUACUUGUGUAGCCUAUGAUGCAAUACCGGUGAUCAUUUUAAGGAGAACAAAAACUACUUAGCCUACAUUUGAACACCACCGCAGAAGCUUCGCUAUGUGGCAUCUUCCCAAUUAAGUUGCCUAGUUUUGUUGUUUGGCUUCUUGAAGAGAACUAGGGCCUAUCACUCGCAGCCCACCUCUUCCAACGCAUUGUGGAAAAGUGUGCAUCAAAUUCUACUAAUUUAAGAGCCGGAAUAAGUAUAACAUCCUGGCAUUUAAACCAUACUCCAUUUUUGAAAAUUCAGAUACUAUAAAACGUUUUAUUUUCGUAUACUGAGGUGUCGUGCGCGAUUGCGUUGUUUCACGUUAUUGGUUAAUUUCCAUUUUCAGAAUGUCGCAUACUUUAUUUUUUCGCAUACUCAAACAACCUAACCCUGAUGAAUCAUUCAAUAGCUGGAGUUCAAUUCAGCUCAUCUGAAAAUUCCUAACCACGAAACAAGAUUUUGAUAACGUCCCACAGUUUUGUUUAAUUUUUCCAGAAGCACGGCGUUAUCCCCUCCUCUGUUUCACCUAGCUCUCUCUGUUUCACCUAGCUCUCUCUGUGCCCAUACAGUCCAUCACUCUCAUCCACCUCAUCCACCUCAUUCACCUCAUUCACCUCAUCCACCUCAUCCACCUCAUUCACCUCAUCCACCUCAUUCACCUCAUCCACCUCAUUCACCUCAUCCACCUCAUCCACCUCAUUCACCUCAUCCACCUCAUCCACCUCAUCCACCUCAUCCAUCGCCGUUUUGUACUAUUUUCUCUGUUCAGCUCACAUUUUGCGCCAUAACCAAUGUGCUCUAAAAUAGUGCUAAUUCAUUAUUGUCUAACCAUUUUCUUUUUACUUCAUUUUACAUCUGUCUGGGAUGUCUGUCUGGGAUGUCUGUCUGGGAUGUCUGUCUGGGAUGUCUGUCUGCCACUCCGUCCAUCUCUCUCAUCAUGAUCAUCACCACUCUUCCUCCAUGUAACCUGUCAUCUGUCUCUUGCACUUCUCCUCAGCCAAAUAUAAGUAUAAUGGAUAUGUCAGAUCACGUAAGUGUGUUUCUCUGUCCCUCCCCAUACCUCCUCCACCAUCACCACUCCCCCUCCCCAUACCUCCUCCACCAUCACCACCCCCCACCCCAUACCUCCUCCACCAUCACCACCCCCCCUCCCCAUACCUCCUCCACCAUCACCACCCCCCCUCCCCAUACCUCCUCCACCAUCACCACCCCCCUCCCCAUACCUCCUCCACCAUCAACCCCCCCCAUACCUCCUCCACCAUCACCACCCCCCCUCCCCAUACCUCCUCCACCAUCACCACCCCCCUCCCCAUACCUCCUCCACCAUCACCCCCCCCCCUCCCAUAACCUCCUCCACCAUCACCACCCCCCUCCCCAUACCUCCUCCACCAUCACCCCCCCCCUCCCCAUACCUCCUCCACCAUCACCCCCCCCCCCCCCCUCCCCCAUCACCUCCUCCACCAUCACCCCACCACCUCCCCCACCCCCCCCAUACCUCCUCCACCAUCACCCCCCCCCCUCCCCAUACCUCCUCCACCAUCACCACCCCCCCCUCCCCAUACCUCCUCCACCAUCACCACCCCCCUCCCCAUACCUCCUCCACCAUCACCACCCCCCCUCCCCCUACCUCCUCCACCAUCACCCCCCCAUACCUCCUCCACCCCUCACCCCCCCCCUCCCCAUACCUCCUCCACCACCCCCCCCCCCCCCAUACCUCCUCCACCAUCACCACCCCCCCUCCCCAUACCUCCUCCACCAUCACCACCCCCCACCCACCCAAAUCCCUCCAUGUGUUUAAACCUGUACUAGUCCCCCACCACCCAAGUACUAAUACAAUGCUUUGGUUUGGUUUUUGUUCUCCCCUUUAGUUGUAGAAUACAAAGCUACCAUCUUAAAGUCUCUUCUGUACAUGAUGUGAAUUGAUACAGAGGCCCUUGACAAUAAUAACACAGUUUGUCCGCAAUGAUAAUGUGUAAAUUAAUCUCAUUGCCUGGCGUGUUAUAAGCCCCCGAUCCCUUCUCACAUCAGAACUACAUAGAUAACUUCACUAUCUUCUAAGUGACCUAGCUAAUUCAGUACCUAACUGUAUAACAUAUAUAUCCUUUACAUAUACUUAACAUAUAUUUGUAGCAAUUGAUUUAAGAUCCAUGCUCUUGUUCUUGAUGACGUUGUAUUCAGCUCAAUGUUUUUGUGUUGUGCUGCGUUGAGCAGCAGAGGGCGCUACAACACCAGGGAAAACGGGAAGUCAAAAAGAGACCGGGGUUCGGUUCAAAGCAGAUUGCAGUUUAGGUAAAUCUCUCAGUAUAAAGUAUAGCGUUGACCAAAUGUACUAAUUUCUAUCUUGUUUCAUAUAGAUAAAUGUGAAUGUUAAUUGUUAAAUGCUUUUUGUUUGUUAUAACGUUAUGUUUUUAGUUUUCUUUUUAUCCUACAGUUUAAUAAACAUUUCAGAUGCUUACUGUAUAAUACACUGCUUUCUGUGUUUGUCAUAACUACAGAGGUACUGUAUGAUACAUAACAAAAAUAACUGUAAUGAUAAAAAUAACACAAUUAAUUAUAACAAAAUGAUAAAAUAAUCCAAUACUAGUAAUACAAUACAAAAUAAUACAUAAUGUUACACAGCAAAAAAUACCAAAUCAUACUAUGAUACCAACCCAGUAUCCAGCACCGGUGGGCCUAAUAUUAAUACACAAAUCAAACUUAGCUCAGUUACAAUAAACAAACAACAAUAUCUACAACAGUAUCCUCUCCGCUGUCCCAUCCUGUCUGUGAUUUGCAUAGGACCCUGAUGGGGACUUGCAUGCGUGAUGGCCCCGUCUUGUGAUUAGCAUUUCUGGUGGGGACAGUUCCCGUCUGGACUGUUCUGAGUGCACAGUGGACCUGCCAGGGUGUGUGAGUACGCUCCAACACUGCGCGUGUUUGACAAGGGACAGAUGAAUCCAGGAGCUAUCGGUGGCGCUCUGUAAAUCAAGGAGGCAGCUGACAGCUGGGAUAAACCUCUGUUUAGUGCUCCGGGAGGGGGAUGGGGGGGAGGGGGGACCGGCUAAGACCAUGACACACACACACACACACACACACACACACACACACAGCAACCUGUCAACCUACUUUACCAUAAUAUGUCAUAUGUACCAUACAUUGUGGUAGAGAUGAGGUUCCACUAUGGAGGGGUUUUCAACGUAAUUUGGCCUGGCUAUUUACAGACCGACUGUGUUACUGCUUUGUUCUAACACGCACUGUAGCAGAACGGAGCAAGAGGGAGAAAAAAACAGAUGUUUAUUGUUUAUUAGGAAUGAAAAAAUCAUAAUUACAUUGAGGUGUCAUUGUCAAUUACUGAGAAAAGAAUGACCCAACUACAGGACCAUUCUCAAACCAGUCAUUAUCAAGUGGGAAAUAAAUGGUCCAACAAUAAAAAUCACAUUCAUUUCCCCCAUUCAAAUAUUUAGUGAUGCAGGAGAAAUUAUUAAUAAUUUAUAUAACAUUGUUUUAAUAAGGAUUUAUUUUGUCUCAGUGUUUGUAACUGCGGAUGAGCAUGUUUAAAAAAGAAGCAGAAAUGUAAUCCGUAACAUUUAUCCUAAAAUGUUUGGUGUGCUGAAUAUAAUAACACAUAGCUUUUUUAACACACAAUUUAAUAUUUCACAGCACAAGAUAAAUUAUAAAGUAAAUACCAUUGUCUUUCUAUCUUUCUAGAAACCUCCGUCUCUCCAGCCUUUCUGUCUCACUCUGUUUAUUCUCCAUUGUUUGACAGUAAAGGAUGAAGUUAGAUCAGCUUUACAAAACCAAUCAAUUAAAAUCUCCAACUGCACCGCGCCCUCCUCCAACAUCACAUCUAACGCCAUGCACCCCCAAGCACCGCCUCGCCCCUCCCGCCACAAGGACCCCCCAGCCCCCCGGGACGCGGACCCCGCUGUACCCCUCGUUAAUAACCGUAAAGGAAGCCUGCUUCCUCCGGGGGUGGGGCUGGGUCUGGGGCCCCACGGGGGGCUCCGCUUCAGUAUCUCUGGCCCCAGCAGAGGGGACGGGGCGGGCCGGGCCCUGGCCGAACAGAGCAGGCUGAACCGGGCCCGCAGCCUGCCGGUGAAAUACCGCUACCACCCCAGUAACGCAACGCUGCACGGCCGCAGCAGCAGGGCCUGUAGGUUGCCCCUCUUGGCGUGAUGCAUCAGUCCCUGUCAGUUCUUAACACCCUGUACUGUCCUGUACUGUCACACUGCGUCCGUCGCCUGCCUUCACUGAGCUGCUGCUAGCUGCUGCUAGAUGCUACUAGCUGCUGCUAGAUGCUGCUAGAUGCUACUAGCUGCUGCUAGAUGCUACUAGCUGCUACUAGAUGCUACUAGCUGCUGCUAGAGGCUGCUAGAUGCCGCUAGCUGCCGCUAGCUGCUGCUAGAUGCUACUAGAUGCUACUAGCUGCUGCUAGAUGCUGAUGCUUGUUGUAAAUACCACCACUGCCCUCGCUGCUGCUUUGCAUGGAAGCAGCUCUCACGCGCUCAAUAAUGCAACACCCAGUGCUGUGUGUGUGGCUGCCAAGCUAUGGAAUAGGACUAGUAGAUGACUUUGUAACACCUGGCAUAGUGGUAGAACACAUGCAGUUCUUAGUCCAUCUGCAAAGAGAGGAAUUUGUACAAUAUGUUAUUGUUUAUUGCGUUUGUAUAGAUGCCUUGAGAAGUUUGGGUAAUUUUUAUUUUAUUUGAAUUACAUUUGGGUGAUGAUGUGACAGGAGAAUUGCUGCCCUGAUCAUUCAGACAACAACAGUCUACUAUAUCAAUCUCAGAGAGACUGUUGUGUAGAUAGCGGUUUAGUUUUCAAAGUACUGUGAUGUCAUUGCUACAGUCACAGUCACAAGCUGUGAUCUCCAUGGCUACAGUGCAGAACAUGUUUCAUUGUUGGUGAUCUAACUUACCGUCAUUGUUGUUGUGUGUAAUCACACUAGCUUUUAACAGAACUGAUCGAUCACACGGCCAAGGAUAUGAGACCGGCUAGGCCCAGAGAUAUGAGACUGGCUAGGCCCAGAGAUAUGAGACUGGCUAGGCCCAGAGAUAUGAGACUGGCUAGGCCCAGAGAUAUGAGACUGGUUAGGAACAGAGAUAUGAAACUGGCUAGGAACAGAGAUAUGAGACUGGUUAGGAACAGAGAUAUGAGACUGGCUAGGAACAGAGAUAUGAGACUGGCUAGGCCCAGAGAUAUGAGACUGGUUAGGAACAGAGAUAUGAGACUGGCUAGGCCCAGAGAUAUGGGCUCCUGAGUGGUGCAGUGGUCUAAGGCACUGCAUCUCAGUGCUAGAGGCGUCACUACAGACCCUGGUUUGAUUCCAGGAGCAGCGCACAAUUGGCCCAGUGUCGUCCGACUUGCCUAGUUAAAUAAAGGUUAAAAAAUAAAUACAAAUAAUAAUAUGAGACUGGCUAGGCCCAGAGAUAUGAGUCUGGCUAGGCCCAGAUAUGAGACUGGCUAGGCCCAGAUAUGAGACUGGCUAGGCCCAGAGAUAUGAGACUGGAUGUAUCAACUAACAUAGAACAAUAAGCCAACAGUAAAUAAUAUUUUAUUCUGUGAUAUUUUCACAAAGUGGAUUAGACUAGAGAGCGAUGCGGUUGUAAAGUGGAAAGCGCUUUCUUGUGAUAUUAGCUAUUCAGGACAUCCAAAUUUGCAGAGCGGAAAUGUCAGAGAAUGGCAUUUUAUUAAGGGGCAAAGCCGCAUUUUUAUAUUUUAUUAGUGCAAUUAGGUGACAGUCUAGAAGGGAUGCUCAGACGGUAAUGAAAUGUCCUUGGUGCUCGGAGCAGUCAGCGCUUGCAGCUACGCGACAUUGAUUUGCAGUAAUAUCAUGCUGUAGUAUUGAUUUCUAUCCAAUGCACUAAUACAGGGUUUGAAGUGACGGUGGCGUUGGCAUUUGUGUGCUGUGGAGAAUACGAAGUGAAUAAGAAAAGUGCCUGGGUGCCUUGUCUGACUCUGAAAGCCCUUGGAACUCAGACAGACGUUAGAAAAGACUGGUGUUAGCUAAACUGAAAGUCUUUAGUAGGGUAGUGGGCCUGGUGGGCCUGGACUAGUGGGCCUGGACUGGACUUCUCUCUAGCUGUGCCUUUCUCUUAGUCUUCUGUCUGGUUUGGAGGAACGUUUUAAUCUCCUGCAGAGUGAGGAGUAGCAGACAGGAAAAUGAACAUCUAUCAGAUCAAUCUAAUCUAAAAGUGCUGCCUGACUGUAGUACAAGAUUCAUUUAAAAGAACAUUUCACAAAUGUUUUACUUCAUUUUCAUCAGCUCCAGCAUCUCCAUCUACAUAUGAGAAAAUUGUGUGUUUCUAUGUUUUGUAGAACUUUUUUUUUUACAAUGAUAUCAUCAACCAAUUAGUAGGCAAUGCCAACUCAUAAUUAAUUAAAAUCACACGAUGCACACCGAUGAGGUCAUUGGAAACACUUAUCUUCCUCUAUCUUUUUUUGCUACAAAACCUAGAAACGCCUAGAGCCUAGACAUUUUCACAUAUGUUGAUGUUGGGGUUGGUGCUGGAGAUUAUGAAUAUGAAGUUGAACAAUUUUAAAUGUUCCUUUUAAAGCUGUACUCAGCAAGUUCAUUCUUUGAAUGUAUUUAAUACUUGUUAUAUUGAUUAUUAAUGCAUCAACCCUAGAUUACGUUUGACAAUUGAGGGUUUGCAAGCCCAGUAAUUCUUUCAGAUACUAUAUUUCAGCUAUUUGAAAUGGGUUGUUUUGACCUUCUUCUAGCUACUGGUGGGUGGUGUGUGCAGUGAACUAGCCAUAAUGCUAAUGAUAGGCUAAUGCUAGGCUACUCAAUCAUUUCCUGUUUGGAGUGCUGGUUGUGCAUGUGAUUGGCUACUCUGGGAUGCUCGUGCGGUGCUGAUUGGCUGAGUGCUUGUGGCAUGGAGCUUAAGUUAGACCUGUAGAAGAGCCAUUGUGCUCAGUAGCUAGGGUUGCAAAAUUCCCGUAACUUUCCCAAAAUGUAUAGGAGGAUUCCGGAUUUCCUUCUUGUUCCCACCUGACUCUAGGAAUCUUCCAAAAUUUUGGCAAAGUUACUGGAAUUUUGAAACCCUAUUCAUAGCUAGAGCUGGAAUGAUGGGGUGAGGGUCUGCCUCAUUAGUCAUCCAUUCAAAACAACCAAACUGCACAGAACCAUCCUCUAUCUUUAUCCCUCUAUCUCUGUCAUUGCUUCUGUCCACGAUGUUCACAAUGACAGUCCGUCCUCGUCACAUGUCCCGUAUUGGCUUGCCUAGGGAAGCAUGGGCACACUGAUGCAGACUGCUAGAGGUCCAACCACAUGCAGUUUUGACUGGAUCUAAAGAGAGAUACUGGAGCUAAAGUGAUCCAGUACAGAGGAACCGAACCAAAGGGUUUGGGUUUUGGCGGAGUGUGCCGAUGGCUAAUUUGUCAGGUCUUACUUGGUGGUUUUUCUCCUGCCUUUGUCCCCUAAUAAUUAACGCUCUUUCUCUUUCUGUCAGUCUUCUCUCUGACUCUGAUAUGUUGUUUUAUUAGUAAAAAAAAAAAAAUGUUGUUGGUGUUUAGUUUUUUUGCUAUGGUUGAUUGAUUGAGUGUUGGCUUUGGUGUUCUUUGACGUGUCAGUUCCAGCUCACAUUAACCUCCCCAUCUGUCCAUAGCCUGACACUCUUUGCAUUGUUUGCAGUUGAAGACGAGCACACGUCAACUCUGUCGCCCAAAAAAAAGCAGCGGAACGGAGGCAUGCGAAACUCACCCAACAACUCCCCCAACAUGAUGAGGUAAGACAUUGAUUUGAUGCUUCAAACAGAAAGAUAGAAAGGAAGUGAGAGGGAGGGAGGGAGGGAGGAGGGAGGAGUGGGAGAGAGAAAGAGAGAGACGGAUGGUUGGUGGGACUGGGGAAGGGGGGAACGAAUAA